CGAUCCUAAUCAGUAGUCACUGGUGACGACACGUCAACUUCCCGAUCUAAAAAUCCAUCCGACGCGUCUUUUGAAUCCUAAUCCUCCUAUACACACAAUCUCAACCCUAUAUAUACCCACACACUUCCCGCAAUUUCCUAAUUUACUUUCAUCAGAUUCAUCAAUAUAAAUCAUCCACUGAACAACAACUACUUCAAAGAAAUUGACAAGUUAGGGUUUGGUUAUUGAUUCUGUCUGUGUUAAUGAUUGUUGAUAAGAAGAACAAAGAGAUGGUUCCAGAAGCAGCAGCAACAACAACAGCUGAUGUUUCUGUUCAGUACACAACUUCUGUUUCUAUCGAAUUCUCUCAAUCGGUUUUUGGGUGUUCAACUAGUAUUCAAGCGACUUCCCUUAUAUCUACUGCCUCAAAAUAUGCUCCGAAAAUUCGUUCUGGCAGUCACACGGAUAUAGGUCCUCGCAGCUCCAAUGAGGAUGAGCACAUUAGUAUUGAUGAUUUGUCUGCUUUGUUAGGCACCGAUUGUAGGUGGCCGCAGCCUAGUUCCUUCUAUGCUGUUUUUGAUGGUCACGGAGGCUCUGAUGCAUCAUCUUAUGUCAAGAAUAAUGCUAUUAAACUAUUCUUGGAAGAUGCUGAUUUGCCCGAAUUAUCUGAUAAUGACGAUAAAUUUUUAGAAGACAUGAAGAUUUCUCAUCAGAAAGCAUUUUUGUUGGCUGACCAAGCAUUGGCUAAUGAAUGUAGCGUCCGUGACUCUUGUGGAACCACUGCCCUGACUGCUGUAGUCCUAGGAAGGCAUCUACAAGUAGCAAACGCUGGCGACUCGCGUGCAGUUCUUUGCAGGAAAGGGGUUGCUGUUCCAAUCUCACAAGAUCAUAGGCCAAGUUAUCUACCAGAACAAAAAAGGAUCGAGGAUUUGGGUGGCUACAUUGAGUAUGGAUACCUUAAUGGUGAAUUAUCUGUGACAAGAGCCCUUGGUGACUGGUACAUGAAAUUGCCCUCUGGGGACCUGUCACCGCUCACGGCAGAGCCAGAUGUUCAACAUGUUCUUUUGACAGAGGAUGACGAAUUUUUGAUCAUGGGCUGUGAUGGAAUUUGGGAUGUAAUGUCAAAUCAAGAAGCUGUCAGUCUUGUUCGACGCCAGCUUAGACAAAAUGACGAUCCGCAGAAGUGUGCCGUGGCUCUUGUAGAUCAAGCUUUGAGGCUGGAUGCAUUUGAUAAUCUCACUGCAAUCGUAGUGUGCUUCUCUGCCCCUACUGAUCUCAGAGAUACUGUCUGUUCUGAGCGACCCAAGUUGAGGUGCUGCAGCCUAUCUGAGGAGUCGCUGAGUAAGUUAAGGAGUCUUCUACAAGGGAACUGACUGAAUGUAGAUGCAAUUUAUUCAUUGCUCAACUCAAGCAAUGUUCUGUACAUGUAACAUUUUAUGAAUUAAUAAUAAAU